AUGGCGUCUUCAUCAACCGCCCAAGUCCCCGGAGACCAGCCCCCUCCUUACAGCAAGAGUGACCCCACUCCUCACAAGACCCGCAAUGGAAUUCCUCCAGACCACCGCCGCUCCAUGGAAGACGCUGGCCGCGAGGUCCCGGAAGGCUGGAUCAGACAGUAUGACCCUCAGACCAGCCAUCAGUUCUAUGUCGACACACGCACCGAGCGCGCCAUCUGGCACCAUCCCUACGACGAUGACGAGUACAUGGCCUCCUUGUCGCCCGAGCAGCGCGCCCGUAUCAGAGGUCUAAGCCGUGUUCCUACCGAUGCCGACAUUGUCGCCGAGAGCUCAGAAGACGACGACCAUGACCCCAGAACUCUUCCCAAGCGUGAGGACUCGAAUCCUAGUGGAAUGAAGAAGUUUGGCCGCAAGAUCAAAGACAAGGUCACCUCAAGCACCCACCAAGAACGCGAAGCUCAGCGCAAGAAGCGUGCCGAUGAAGAGCAGCGCGCAUAUCAACGUCACCUCGAACUUCGCCAGGCCAUGCAAAGAGCCGUCCAGACCGGCCAGCCUCAACUCAUCGGCAAAGACCGCGAGGGCCGUGACUGCUACCUCACCCCUCCCCAAGGCGCUACAAGCCAACAGCAAAACGUCCGCAUGAUCAAUCCUUUCGGCUCGCCAUACGGAGGUGGCAUGGGAGGCUACGGUGGUGGCAUGGGCGGCUAUGGUGGUGGCUACGGCGGCGGCUACGGAAUGUAUGGCCGUCCGGCCUACGGUUACGCACGUCCUUACGGCUACGGCUACGGAGGUGGUCUGGGUAUGCCCCUCAUGGGAGGUCUCAUGGGAGGUGCUCUUCUCGGAGGAUUGUUGUUCUAG